CAUGCUGAUGUGAUAGAUAAUUGAAGAAAAGAGAGAGGGUUAGAGUAACAUACAUAUAAGGCAAUUACGGUAGAUGUCCCCAAGGCCCGAAUGUAUUCUUACCAUCUACUUAAGCCUGGUGAGAGUAUGAGAGUUUGCAAGCAGCCGGAUCUGUCAAUACUUCAAAUUCCGUCCAUGGCCUCCGUUGAUGACCAUGAGCGCCUCCGUGCCGUCAAGGCGUUCGACGACACCAAGGCCGGCGUCAAAGGCCUCGUCGACGCGGGCGUCACCACUGUCCCGUCCAUCUUCCACCACCCGCCGGAAUCCCUUCCCAGCAGCGAGGUCGUAGUGCCAGCCCAUCGCUUCACCAUCCCGCUCAUCGACCUGUUAGCUGGCGUGCGGGCUGACAUGGUCUCCGCCCUGAAGGUGGCCGCGGAGACGGUGGGCUUCUUCCAGCUGGUGAACCACGGCGUGCCGGACGACCUCCUUGCCGAGAUGCUCGCGUCGGUGCGCCGCUUCCACGAGUCUCCGGCGGAGACGAAGCGGCCGUACUACAGCCGGGACCACCGCCGACGCGUCCGGUACAACUCCAACUUCGACCUGUUCACCUCGCCGGCGGCCAACUGGCGUGACACCGUGUUUCUCGAGCUGCCGCCGGCGCCCGAGGAGAUCCCGGUGGCGUGCAAGGCCGUGGCGCCGGAGUACGCUCGGCAGGUGCAGCGGCUAGGCCGCACACUGUUUGAGCUGCUGUCGGAGGCGCUGGGCCUCAACCCAAGCUACCUGGAGGAGGAGACGAUGUGCCUGGACCGGCUGAGCAUGGGCGGCCACUACUACCCUGCGUGCCCGGAGCCGCACCUGACGCUCGGCACCACCAGGCACUCCGACCUCAGCUUCCUCACCGUGCUACUCCAGGACGACGUCGGCGGUCUGCAGGUGCUCGUCGACGAUGAUGGCAACAAGCAGCGUCCGGCGUGGGUUGACGUGCCGCCGGUGGAGGGGGCGUUGGUGGUCAACGUCGGCGACUACCUGCAGCUCAUGUCCAACGACAGGUUCAAGAGCGUGGAGCACCGCGUGGUGGCUAAUACCGUGGGGCCAAGGGUGUCGGCGGCUUGCUUCAUUCGGCCGUGCGCGUCGUCGAAGAGGGUGCUCACGCCGAUCGUCAUCGACGGCGACGGCGGCGCACGGUACAGGAGCACGAUGGUGGAGGAGAUGUUCACGCACUACAGGGUUAAGGGCCUCGACGGUACCUCCGCACUCCAGCAUUUCAGGAUCUGAAUCUCAUC